GAUCGUUUGGGCAACCUUGGUGUCAUUGAUGAUAAAUACGAUGUCGCGAUCACAACUGCCUAUCCUGCAUUGGACAACAUCGUAGUCGAUUCUGUUGAAGUUGGACAAACUUAUGUAGAUUACCUUAGAAGUAACGAUAUAGGCCGAAAGAAAAGAUUUUAUCCCAGUGUGUUUGGCAAUACUUUAGUUGCCAAAUAUCUAACACAGGCGAUUAGGAUCGCCUUUAGCGAAACUCGGUGCGAAGUUAUCGACCAAUCUGGCGCGAUGAGUGGCGGUGGUCAUAAAGUAUCUAAAAGCGCUAUGAGCUCGAGAUUUACUUCUGAAAAGAGAUUUUAUGAGAACCUUGGAUCGUUAGAUUCUCAACUUCAAUAUAAAAAGGAAGAAAUUCCUAAAUUGGAGGUUGAUAUAUUGAAGUUGGAGAUGGAUGCUGAUGCUUAUGCUCAAGUAGGAUUGCCUUCAGCAAAAUAUGAUGACAUGAAGCAACAUUUAAGAUGA